CUCUCCCUCUCUACCUCUGGGACGGUGAUCAAUCCCAAGAAUAAACCCAUCUGGUAGUGACGGCAUUAUGGCAGCUAACAGUACAGCUCUUGGAAAACAGCCACAGGUGUGGAUAGAAUAUAGAUCCUACAGAAUCGAAUAUAUUACUAUCACCCAAACCAGGAUGUUGAGCUCCAUAACUCUUAAGUCAGGAGAAAUCCAGGUAAGCCUAACCUUUUCAGCUGUUUUUUUUUUUAAGUUGGAUGGAGGAAUACCUGUAAAAUGGCACAAGGCUACCAUCCGAGAGGUCUUGCCCUGACUCCUGUCCCACGGUGACAAGAUGCACCUCUUGUCACAGUCGUAACAGGGCACAAUGUUCCACGGUCAUACAAAUAUGUUCUUCUCCUCACUUUAUUGAACAAUAAAUGCGUCUCAAGCAGCUUUCCCAUUGGAUUGGUCUUUCUCUCUGAAGAAAGGGGAGGGGUCAAGUGGAGGCAGUAACCGGUGCUCAAGGACUUAAAGUUGUCCGACUGCGGUCUGCGCACAGAGCCAGUAGGGUAACGGGACCAGGAAAGGAUAGAAGUCUGUACCAUGAAAUUGGAGCAAUGACAUUUUGAUUCAUUUUCUAUAGAUUUUUGGGCUAUUUUACCUGUUUGGUUUUUUUUGUCUCACUGAGAUGUAACAUCUAUUUCAACUUUAGACCUAGCAGAUCACACGUGCCAUCAACUACCAGACAAGGAUCAACAUACAAACAUCAUGUGGACGUGGGAAGAGAAUUGAUGAGGAGCGUUUGGACAAGAUGACCAUGACAUAAAAUUGGAAUAAUUGCGUUUUUUCCCCCCGUAACCAUUACUGCCCUUCUCUAUAAGUCGGGGAAGUCGUUUUCAACCGUUCUAUUCUCAACUGGGAGAGUCGGCCUGACAACGCAAACUGUUACUCAAGGCAUCUUAAGAGAAGCAUUUCUCCAUCUUGCAGCCAAUGAGAGAUCCGGGAUUGAUUAUGACGAAGACCUUGUUCAUCUGUUUCCCGCUGGUUCUCCUGGCGGGACGUCUCCUCGUGGUCACCGGACAAGCCAACGAGCCCAACCAACCAGAAGCCCUGCCGUCCGCCACACAGACACCAGUAGUCUCUGGUAGAGAGAGCCUGGCGAGGCUCAACCCCAAUGUCUCCGCUCCUCGGCACAUGCGGCCUUCACCGCCGAUGUGCUUGGGGCCUACCGAGAUCAGAGACACAUUUAAGUACAUCAACACUGUGGUGUCGUGUCUCGUGUUCGUCGUGGGUAUUAUCGGGAACUUCACGCUCCUCAGAAUCAUCUACAAGAACAAGGGCAUGCGCAAUGGCCCCAAUAUUCUCAUCGCCAGCCUGGCGCUGGGAGACCUGCUGCACAUUGUGAUCGAUAUUCCCAUCAAUGUGUACAAGCUCCUAGCCGAGGAUUGGCCGUUUGGUGUAGGUCUGUGUAAACUAGUGCCGUUUGUCCAGAAAGCUUCAGUGGGCAUUACUGUGCUGAGCUUGUGUGCUCUGAGCAUCGACAGGUACCGCGCGGUAGCGUCGUGGAACCGUAUUAAGGGGAUCGGUGUUCCCAAGUGGACGGCUAUAGAGAUCGCACUCAUUUGGCUGCUGUCCAUACUGCUGGCGGUCCCCGAGGCUAUAGCCUUCGACAUGCUCGCCAUGGACUACAAGGGAGAGCACCUCCGCAUCUGUCUGCUACACCCCAUGCAGAAAUCAGACUUUAUGAGUUUCUAUAAGUCAGCUAAGGACUGGUGGCUGUUCAGUGUGUAUUUCUGCCUCCCUCUGGCCGUCACCGCCGUCUUCUACACCCUGAUGACUUGUGAGAUGCUGAGGAAGAAGAACGGAGUCCAGAUAACCCUGAGUGACCAUCUCAAACAGAGGCGGGAGGUGGCUAAGACAGUGUUCUGCCUGGUGCUGGUGUUUGCUCUAUGCUGGCUGCCCCUCCAUCUCAGCCGCAUCCUCAAGCUCACCAUCUAUGACGAGAAGGACCCCAACCGCUGUGAACUGCUCAGUUUCUUCCUGGUGCUAGACUACAUCGGGAUCAACAUGGCGUCUCUUAACUCCUGCAUCAACCCCAUCGCUCUCUACAUGGUCAGCAAGCGUUUCAAGAGCUGCUUCAGGUCAUGCCUGUGUUGCUGGUGUCUGCCAGCGGAGAUGUUGAUUGAUGAGAAGCAGUCCUGUAUGAAGCUCAAAGUCACAGACCGGACCGACCAGAGCAACUCACGUGCUACUAACAAGUACACUUCAGCAUGAGAGGGGCCCCGCGCGCGCACUCAAUGAAGUUUCGUAUUAGUGCUCUAAAGGACUAAUUGAAGAUCAGUCAUGUAACCUGAUCCUGACCGAAACCAUUAUGAGACGGCCAUAAGAUGUGUCCUAAGAAGUGCCCUUACUCAGUAGAUGUAGUUUUAAACCGCCAGGACUGAUCCAGCGAAGUCUCCUCUGAUUGGAGGAAGAAGUACUCAAAUGUACUUAAACCCAAGUGUUGCGGACAGGGGUCCCUCAAAGUUUUGGUUCAGAAUAAACUGUCAAAUCGGCAGAAAUUCAGCUAGAAAUUAGUUUACUUUAUGAAAAUCUGUUCAUUUAGGAAAUCUGUUCUCAUGUAUUCCCACAAAUACAUCUUAAAAAGAGUCUCAAUGUAAUUCAAGAUAUGAAAUUACAGGGGGGGGGGUCUCUCUUUUUGGGCUUAGUUGUGGUCAGUUUGCAGUGUAUAAAUGAUGUUCCAGACCCCCGACCAUCCGCUACGACAAAAACCGUCCCGCGGCUGAAUCUAGUUGUCUACCCCUGGUCUAGAAUGUUUAGCUGGGAGAGUGUUGAUGGAGAAGAGGAUCAUUUGGGGGAAAAUGGGUGGAGGGAUAGAGGUUCAAUGCAUUCAAUCAGAUAUUAGUAUUAUUGAUGAUGAAUGGCACAACUAUUGUCAUAUUGUGGAGAAAUGACACUGCCAGUUGUGACUCCCCCUGGUUAUAACCUCUGUAGGAAUGUUCAUAAGGUACACGACAUCAGGCAAACCCAAAGGGGCUGUGGCAGAGGCGUCAUAGUGAAAAUGCCUGAGGUUGAGACAUAGGGAACGUUAUAUGAACAUUGCAAGAAGGUUGAAAUAUUGUACUGUAUGAUAUAUGUGUGGCUUUUUUUAACAUAUCCUGUCUACUACUCUGAGUUCAAGGACUUAAGAAUGAAUUCACUUUCACGCCUUUGCUAAAUUGCUUUUACGCUAUUUGAUAUUGCUAGGGUUCGACUUGGAUAGUUUGCUAUGGCAUCUUUGAAUGUUUGUCUUCAUGUUCUGUAUCGCUACUAGGAUUGAUCUGUUUCUCAUUAAACUGCUGAUCUGAUUGGGUCUGACUUCGCGUGAGGCCAUCACAAAUGGCAGCACUUUCCAAACAUUCUCACAAUAGGUUUAUGGCAAAAACAGUUCAGAGUUUGUCUCAUGUAUGAUUCUUUUAGUAUUCUGUAGCUUUGUGGACUGCCACCCAAUUGUAAAAACAGAUUGAUUUCUUAUGAUUUAAUAGCGAGGGUGACAAGCAGGAGAGACGGUUAUUGGGGACUUGGAUGCGAGGGAGAGGAUACAAUUGAAGUAGUUCUUCUCUUCGUAUGCCUUGCAGUUCUGUGUUUUUCUGUUUUAUAGAGUCAGGAAUCAGAUGCUGUGACUGAAUGUGGAGCGCUGUGUUGAUGCUGUUGUACACUGAGUGUACAAAACGUUGACGGAACGACUGCUCUUUCCAUGACAUAGACUGACCAGGCGAAAGCUAUGAUCCCUUAUUGAAUCCACUUCAAUCAGUGUAGACGAAGGGGAGGAGACAGGUUAAAGAAGGAUUUUUAAGCCUUGAGACAAUUGGAUAGUGUAUGUGUGCCAUUCAGAGGGUGAACAGGCAAGACAACAGUUUUGCGUGUGUAUCAAGAAUGGCCCACCACCCAAAAGACCUCCAGCCAACUUGCCACUGUGGGAAGCACUGGAGUCAACAAGGGCCGGCAUCCCCGUGGAACGCUUUCGACACCUGGUAGAGUCCACGCCCCGGCGAAUUGAGGCAGUUCUGAGAGGAAAAGGGGUUUGCAACUCAACAUUGGGAAGGUGUUCCUAAUGUUUUGUACACAGUGUAUAUAGUGUACAAAGAAGUCCUGUGGUUGUGAUGACGUGCCUGCCUCUUUCCUACCCUUUGCUUACCUCUAUCUUUUUCAUUUGCCCCCCCCCCCCCAAAAAAAUAAGAAUAUUAGGAGAGAGAAAGACAGUAGACGUCCUAGACAUCAACCGAUCACUGCAGUUGACUCCAGAUGCAAAACUGCAUUAAACCAAAUCCUGAGCCAGUACAGAUAAUGUACCGUACUUGAAUUAGGACUGGUGACCACAGCGUGCGCCCGUCAGGAGUUGAUUGUACUUCAAUGAAGUCAAUGAGUCAAAUCUCCCUAAAGACAAACUACUGUAACGUAAACUUGAAUCUCACCACCCCAAACCCUUCGCGGGAUUUCUUUAUAUAUAUUUUUUAUUAUUGUUUACUCCACAACCCUUUUUCUUCAGAGCUGUUUUGCUGCCCCCCCCUCUCAGUACAGAGUGUGACCAAAGGCCCCCAUCAUGUGAGACGGAGCGCUUCUUUGACCUGGGAAUGUCCCUUCGGGCUAAUGCAGUGUCACGCAUGUCACAUUACCCAUGAAAGACACCCACUGUCCAUUCACCCCUAUCCUUCUCUCCCUCUAGUCCUCCCUAUCUGCUGUCAUUAUCAACAACGGUGCCAGUGAUGAGUUCUGAUGGUUGGAAAACAGUGUGCUUUCACAGCUCCUUGUCGAAUCAGUGCCCAGCAAUGAACCCCGCAUUGAUGGCAGCAUUAGAAGAUCAACAGACUAGCUUUACCAAACGUCCCCAGUACCAUCCAAGUCCAUCUCAGCCCUUCUGUUUCUCAUUACCCACACAGCAGGCCCUGGCUACACUCUGCCCCUGUACUGCUCUUCAGCUCACUCUCCUGUUGAUAAAGAAAAGAGAGAUGCUACGGGUGUGUCUCUCCCUUAGCCUCAAUCGCCACAUUCUGAUCUGUCCGCGCGUCUCUGUCGUUCUCUCUCCCUCUCUUCUCACCAGACAUCCCCGCUGUGAUGUCAGACACCGUCAGACUAUUGAGCCCAUAGCACUGACUUAUUGUGCGAAGUGUGCGAAGGGUCGAGAGUGUGUCCAUCUGGCCAAAUAUACAUGAACAUUUACACUGAAGAAAGAAGAUAGGCCUGCAGAGUGUGUGUGUGUGUGCGUGUGCGUGUAGGUUUUGAAGGAGCAGAGAACACAUACGCUCACUCUCCUGGCUCUGCAGUAAAAUCACUUCAAGGCAAACUUUUUGAAAUAACCCAAAGUCACGAUCCUCACUCACUCAAGAGAAUGCCAAACAAAGUUGUGUGUGUGUGUGUGUGUGUGUCUUAUACACACGUGUGUAUGAAGUUUCAAAUACAUCGCAAGGAGAAACAGAGAAGAGUAGAGCAACCGUGCCACAACUUUCAUCCAAUGCUUUAUAACUAACUCAUGGACAUAUGAACAACAAGCUGGGCACACCAAGUCUUACAUACAUACAGUAAAUCCAGGGAAAACGACCCUGGCUGAGUUCUAAAGAACUAGUAGAGGGUCAAGUAAAGUGUUCAUGCCAACAGAGGGGAUUGAUCAGUUUGGUUUGAUGAUUUAUUGAAAAAAUCCUUCUGGGUUUUCUCCCUGUAUUCUCCGUUAUAAGAGUAAUGGUCAGACCCCUCUGACAGGUUCUGUCUUUCUAUGUCCAAAAACCUGUCAUCUCCAUUUACACCCUUUUAUUGGAGGUGCGGGGUAGCCUAGCGGUUAAGAGCGGUGGGGCAGUAACCGAAAGGUUGCUGGUUUGAAUCCCAGAGCCGACUAGGUGACAAAUCGGUCUGUGUACCAUUGAGCAAGGCACUUAACCUUAAUUUCUCCUGUAAAGUUGCUCUGGAUAAAAUGACGAAAAUGUAAUUGUCAAGGGAUAUGAUAUCAAGUUUUGUCAUAAAACAUAACACAAUUUGCAAAUACCCCAACAUUUGAUAUCGUAUCUAUGUACCGACUGAAAUAAAGGCAUCUUCACUACGA